GGGUUUAAUAUGAACGGGGUUGGCCCUUAUCGUUGGGACCUUUCUUUCUUUCUUUUUGUAACGUCGUGACUACUUUUUUGCGAUGCCUCCCAUGCGGUUUCUGAUUCCCAAAGACUUAUCGAUAGACAUCUGAUCGAGAUUUGUCGCGCUGUUUUACUUUGCUUUUUCCCGUUGUCAACAUACACAGACAUCUUCCUUCCUGGAAAAGCAAUCCUAAGCGGCCAGACUUGAGGUGACCUUGACGGAGCUUCACGAACACGAGAACACCUCAGUCGAUCUUCUUCCACGCACACCCAAACCCAAUUGCGCGAUUCCAACCCUCGAUCGAAUAUUUCGCCGGCCUACCUUCGAGGCUUCACUCCCAACCACCGUAAACCCUCCUCACAUCCUUCACCAUGGUGAACAUCUUCGACCUCAUAUCUCAAAAAAUCGAGCUCUUCCGCCUGGAGCAGAGAUACACCCGCAGGCGCAACCGACGCAGCACAUUUGUCUCGGAAGCACAAUACGUUGACGGGGAAUACAUCUACUCCCCAACCUCCACAUAUUCAGCAAAAUGUAGCGCAGGCGGCAGUGACAGCGAGGAAGAGAGCAGGAGCAAGGAAAGCAAGGAAAGCAAAGGGAGCAGACGACUGAGCAAGAUGGGUCUGGAUAAGAUGGAUUGGCGAAAAGGGAGAGAGGACAAGAGACAGAGCCGGAUCAGUGUGCGGGAAGUAAAGUGGGAUGAGGGUCUGCGGACUUAGAGAUAUUGGUGGGAGAGGAGGGAGAGGUGUAUCUUGUGUUGCGUGCAUUUGCAGCGAUACGUGAAGCGAACGUUUAUGUCUUUAUGAUUAUUCUUGAUGCUGGUAUUGGACACGCGCCCGCUCACAACGGACAUUUCUUGUUUAUAGAUUUUUAUUUCAUGAGAGGAGCUGGAUCAUGGCCAAUCAAAACGUGUUACAUACACCUUGGUCCGGGAGUCUAGGCACUGUUCAUAUGUUACCUACGAAAUCAUUUUGAGAGAGGCUUUUGCCUUCAUCAUCAAAUGGAACCAAAACCUUGUCUUGGAUGUUUGAAGGCUGUUUCUCUGUUGCGAAACUGGUAUCGGUGUGUUAAUGAUCCUGAAUUAAAACUCCGUUGUCAAGGUUGUCGCACAAGGUAGAUCUUAUUAAUAUGGAAGGCUGCCAAAUUAUGCCCCUCGCUGUCACCGGGGGUGCCUGCCUC